AUGCGCUGCUCUCCACGCUGCGCGCUCAUCACCCUGUGCUCUCUGCAGCUGGUCACGGCUGUGGAGAGACACGUGUUUGACUUCCUCGGGUACCAGUGGGCCCCCAUCCUGGUCAACUUCCUCCAGGUCGUCAUGGUGAUCCUGGGCCUGUUCGGAGCGGUCCAGUACAGGUCACGCUACGUCGUCACGUACUUGCUCUGGACGUUGUUGUGGGUCGGCUGGAAUGUCUUUGUUUGCUGUCUCUACCUGGAUUUGGCGGGGCUUUCAAAGGACAGUGACGCUCUGACCCUGGGCAUCUCGUCCCAUCGCUCGUGGUGGAAGGAUCACAGUCCCGGGUGUGGCCCUGAGGCCCCGCCCUCGCCCUCGCUGCCCUCGGCCUCCUGGACGAACCGGCAUAACCCGGAGCUGACCACAGUACUGCACUGCUGGCUCGAGUACCAGUACAUCGAAGUCCUGCACUGCGUCGUCCAGCUGCUGGUCGCUCUCCUGGGGUUUGUUUUCGCCUGUUACGUCGUCAACGCCUUUGCAGAUGACGACGACACCUGUAAUUGA